AUGUGGAUAUUUCUUCAGGAAUUAAGUGAAAAACAAAUUUUCAAAAGACUUGUUAUUCGGAAGUUACAUUUAGACUUUGAGAUAAGCGCUCAUGAAGCAUGUAGAGAGGUAUUCCCAAAUGUGGAAAUUCAAGCAUUUAAUUUAGGACAGUGUUGGUGGCGAAAAAUAAAUUCUGAGCAGCAACUCCGAACAUCAUAUACGAACGAGUUAAGGAAAUGGUUAAAACUAUUUUUCGGGUUGAAAUUCGUACCACCACAUGACAUCGAAAAUGCAUUCGUUGAACUUGUAUCUAUAUUUCCAAAUAUAGAUAUAGGAUGCUUAUUUUCUGAUUAUAUAUUGCAUACUUACGUAGAAAAUGAUUGUUUAUUUCCACCAGCAAUUUGGGCUCAAGAGCCGUUAGGAAAUCCUCGGUAA